CGGGCGCGGGCAGCGGCGUACCCUACUUCUACCUGAGCCCCAUGCAGCAGCUGGUGGGCAACCUGCAGGAGAAUCCAUCUGCUACGCUGACCAUGUCUUUGGCGCAGACUAACUUCUGCAGGAAACAUGGAUUUGAUCCCCAAAGCCCCCUCUGCGCUCACAUCAUCCUGUCAGGGACUGUAACCAAGGUGAAUGAGACCGAGGUUGACGUUGCAAAGCAGUCGCUGUUCAUUCGGCACCCUGAGAUGAAAGACUGGCCUUCCAGCCACAACUGGUUCUUUGCCAAGCUGAACAUAACCAACAUCUGGCUCCUGGACUACUUCGGUGGACCCAAAAUCGUGACGCCCGAGGAAUACUAUAAUGCCACAUUUCAGUAGGUGAAGCAGCAUUUGGCGGAUUUAACCACCCAGUGAAGUUCUUAGGAUGUUUCAUACAGACCCGAGGGCUUCGGGGUCCCCUGUGGGAAAGGUCCCGGAGAUCAGCCUGGUUACAGCAUCAAGUAGAACUGCUACUGAAUUUCUUGGAAAUGAGGUUGCUAAAUUUUAGACAUUUAAAUUUAUGCUUUUACUUAUACACAUGGUUUCAGAAGACGAGAUGAGAUCCCCCAUCGAGGCGUGCCCGGCAUCACCGCUGAGCCCCCAGUGGCUCAGAGAAAGGAGCGGAUGUGCGUCAUUAUGUUUGAAGACAACAAAUGAACUCACCCGAAAUCCAGCCAACAGCCUCUGGUGAAGAAAAAUGAUUAAAAAUAGAAAAAGAGAAAUGAUUUACAUUAACCUUGGUACAACGGGUUUCUUAUUCAAAGCAUCAGUAAUUAAAAGCAUUAUUUUAAUGAC